AACCCGAAAGUUUGCAAGAGGAAGAGAGCGUGUGGCGAGCAAGCGGGCCAGGGGCAGCGGCAGCGGCGCCGCGGACCAUGGUGCUGCCGGCGCCUCCUCCGCGGGCGUGAAGGCGGUGCUCCCGCUCCCUCCCGGGUCUCCGCGGUGUCCCAGGAGCUUUUGCUGACAAUUCCAGUUUCCAAACGAAACAUCUUGGGCAAUGGUGAAGGCUUCAAUACCUUCUCACAUUUGCUGUCAACAAUGAAUGGAUGGAUGUGAUGCCUGCUGGUCGAAAGGAGGGCAGCGAUGUGUAGUUCAGCUUUGGAAAAGUCAGGUUUCGAGGAAUGAAGCAGACUCUAGUUGAAGUCCUGAAUUUUUCCAUGAUGCAUUCCUCAAAGACUCAAGAAGCAUAAAUGUCUGCAUUUGGAGAAAUGUUUUAAAAUGUGUUACAGCAGUGUCCCUCUGUAUGUUACAGUCCUGUGGCAUUAUGCAUGCCCUCAACCAGUGACCUCCAGACUUUUUAUGGCUGUGAGACACAUUAAAAAUUCAGGGGUAAGAAGUGACCUUUUGAGGUGACUGUAACAGAAGAUUGCUUUGCAGAAGCCAAAAAAGGUUUUUGAGUCAUGAUGCAAGAAUCUGGGACUGAGACAAAAAGUAACGGUUCAGCCAUCCAGAAUGGGUCUAGCGGCGGCAACCACUUACUAGAGUGCGGCAGUCUUCGGGAAGGGCGGUCCAACGGGGAGACGCCGGCCGUGGACGUGGGGACGGCCGAUCUGGCCCACGUGCAGCAGCAGCAGCAGGCACUUCAAGUGGCAAGACAGCUUCUUCUCCAUCAGCAACAGCAGCAGCAAGUUAGUGGGUUAAAGUCUCCCAAGAGGAAUGACAAGCAGCCAGCCCUUCAGGUUCCCGUGUCAGUGGCUAUGAUGACACCUCAAGUUAUCACUCCCCAGCAAAUGCAGCAGAUCCUCCAGCAGCAAGUGCUGAGCCCUCAGCAGCUCCAGGUUCUCCUCCAGCAGCAGCAGGCCCUCAUGCUUCAACAGCAGCAGCUUCAAGAGUUUUAUAAAAAACAACAGGAACAGUUGCAGCUUCAACUUUUACAACAACAACAUGCUGGAAAACAGCCUAAAGAGCAGCAGCAGGUGGCUACCCAGCAGUUGGCCUUCCAGCAGCAACUUCUGCAGAUGCAGCAGUUACAGCAGCAACACCUCCUGUCUUUGCAGCGCCAAGGCCUUCUAACCAUCCAGCCAGGGCAGCCCGCCCUUCCCCUCCAACCUCUUACUCAAGGCAUGAUUCCAACAGAACUGCAGCAGCUCUGGAAAGAAGUGACAAGCGCUCAUACGACAGAAGAAGCCACGGGCAACAAUCACAGCAGCUUGGAUCUGACCACGACGUGUGUCUCUUCCUCUGCACCUUCCAAGACCUCCUUAAUAAUGAACCCACAUGCCUCUACCAAUGGACAGCUGUCAGUCCACACUCCCAAAAGGGAAAGUUUGUCCCACGAGGAGCAUCCCCAUAGCCAUCCUCUUUAUGGACACGGUGUAUGCAAGUGGCCUGGCUGUGAAGCAGUGUGUGAAGAUUUCCAGUCAUUUCUAAAACAUCUCAACAGUGAGCAUGCGCUGGACGAUAGAAGUACAGCCCAAUGUAGAGUACAAAUGCAGGUUGUACAGCAGUUAGAGCUACAGCUUGCGAAAGACAAAGAGCGCCUGCAAGCCAUGAUGACCCACCUGCACGUGAAGUCUACAGAACCCAAAACUGCCCCUCAGCCCCUGAAUCUGGUAUCCAGUGUCACCCUCUCCAAGUCUGCGUCAGAGGCUUCUCCACAGAGCUUACCUCAUACUCCUACGACCCCCACCGCCCCCAUCACUCCCGUCACCCAAGGCCCCUCUGUCAUCACCACCACCAGCAUGCACACGGUGGGACCCAUCCGCAGGCGGUACUCAGACAAAUACAACGUGCCCAUCUCUUCAGCAGAUAUUGCGCAGAACCAAGAAUUUUAUAAGAACGCAGAAGUUAGACCACCAUUUACAUAUGCAUCUUUAAUUAGGCAGGCCAUUCUCGAAUCUCCAGAAAAGCAGCUAACACUAAAUGAAAUCUAUAACUGGUUCACACGAAUGUUUGCUUACUUCCGACGUAAUGCUGCCACGUGGAAGAAUGCAGUGCGGCAUAAUCUUAGUCUUCACAAGUGUUUUGUGCGAGUAGAAAACGUUAAAGGGGCAGUAUGGACAGUGGAUGAAGUAGAAUUCCAAAAACGAAGGCCACAAAAGAUCAGUGGUAACCCUUCCCUUAUUAAAAACAUGCAGACCAGCCACGCCUACUGUACACCUCUCAAUGCAGCUUUACAGGCUUCGAUGGCUGAGAACAGUAUACCUCUGUACACUACCGCUUCCAUGGGGAACCCCACUCUGGGCAACCUGGCCAGCGCCAUCCGGGAAGAGCUGAACGGGGCGAUGGAGCACACCAACAGCAACGAGAGCGACAGCAGUCCGGGCCGAUCCCCUCUGCAAGCUGUGCAUCCUGUACACGUCAAAGAAGAGCCUCUGGACCCCGAGGAAGCUGAAGGGCCGCUCUCCUUAGUGACAACAGCCAAUCACAGUCCAGAUUUUGACCACGACAGAGAUUACGAAGAUGAACCUGUAAAUGAGGACAUGGAGUGAACAUCUGGGCAGGCCAACCCCAAGAGUGUGAAGAUUGGGGGGAGAAAACACACACACAAAACAAAACAUGUCAAAAGUUGGCAGUGAAAUCGUUCUCCAUUGGUUGUACAGUCUGGAGGAUUUUUCACUACAUUUUGACAACUCUGCAAUGUGUUAACUCUUAGUGCCAUCAAGAAUCCCAUUUGGGAGUAUUUUUGAUUUUUCUACUUUUUGUUGAAAAAAGGAAUUUGUACUCUGUGCAUUGGAUGGACUUGUUUGGUACUGGGGAUUUUCCUCUCUUAACAGUCAACAUCAGUGUUGUAAAUUCGCUAAACUGAUUCACUUUUAGCAGCAGACUUUGAACUGCAGUCCUUCCGACGUUGCACAACGAGGACACCCAACUGAGCAUGUGCGCCUGAGCUGCAGACCAAGCCUCUGCCCAGAAUCUAAGGAUUCCAAUGGACGACCUAUUUGCACAGUACUGCAUGUUGAUUAUCACUGCCUUUACUCCAUUUUUUUUUUUUGCUUCCAGUUGGGAUGGGGAAGGCCUUUGUGUGUGUAUUGGGGGGAGGGUUUAAAAAUAAUUAUCCCAAACUUUUUAAUGUAUUGCCUUUUUUUUUUUUUUUGGCUUCUCCUAUACCAUUUUAAGUUCUGACCUCAGGCCUCCAUUGGGCCCGCGGCCUCUUGGAGGCUUCAAGUUUUCUGUACCUUGUGAUGAAUGUUAAUAGGUGUUUUUAUUAUACAAAGCUGAAUGUCAUUUCUCGUUCGUAGUUUUCUGUCACUCAUUCCAUUUCCCUUCAGACAUCACCACUGUUUUCUCAAAAGUCAGAAAACAUUCCGUUUUGGUCUUUUGCAAAAAGGUCCCAAAUGCUGCACUCUACAUGUGAAGGUCCUCUCACCCAGACGUGAAGUUCCUGCCAGAAAGAGAAUGAAUGACAGAAAAAAAAAAAAAAAAAAUUAGAGACACCCUAGGAACCAUGCAGAUUCAUUUCACAAAGCAGUAUUGGAAGGUGGGAAGGGGGUUGUUUCAGAUUUUCCUUUUUUUUUUUUUUUUAAAUAUUGUAUCUACCGUCAUGCUUAAUAAAUACCACAGCAUUUACCAGCACAAGGAGACAUAGGCAGCAGCCCCUCUUCCCCCAAAACCAAAAAAAAAAAAACACCACACUGACAGCGUGCAUGACCGGAGAAGGCUCUCCCUGGAAUGACCUGGUUGAGAUGGGCCUCAGGCUCUCACAGUCGUUAAAACCGGCAUGAGUUGCUUUGUUUGCAAAAUGGCCCCAAAGCCGGCUUCCCUGAGCAACUCUGCAGAAAGUGCUGGUGGCCCCCAAUGGAAACAACCAUUCAGACCUGCUUGGUGGCAUUCAUCUGUUUGAAUGCAAAUCAGAUUUCCAUUUGAGCUGGUUCUGUGAGUUAAUGAGGACUGGGCUCAGCAGAAGCUGAGGAGUUAAUUUCCCCUCUGCAGACCUGGUGCUGCAGUCCAGUGUGUGAGGCGGCCUCACCCACCAGUCCAGUCCCGGCCGCCAGCAGCGCGAGACACCAGGUAGAUGGGGGCUCAGCCCGGCCUGGGCUCCUGGGGAGACAAACCGCACGUGCAGGACGUGCUGCUCAUAGGUCAGUGCAGCCUCAGUCCUUGGAAUCCCUCAAUGCUUCCACUUGCACCUCCUUUCCUGUCAUUUAUUUAUCUAGGACUGUCGCUCUUGUUUUAGUUCGAGAGCUGUUUGGAGAGCUUAAUUUAUAUGCUUUGUACCUUUUUUCCCCUAAAAUUACCAAAGAUAUUCCACAAAGUUAAAUUAUGUUCUCUGUUUUUAUGCUUUAUCUGAUGAAGCCAAAUAUCCUCUUCUUGUUGAUCAAAGGAGGCAAAAUAAUUUAGAGGCAAUUGAUGAGAUAUAGGCUAUUGCUAACUUGAGACAACUGCUCCUUCAUCAUAGAGGACAUUUAGGAAACCAAGUAGGUAAUGGAACCAAAGUAGUUACUUUUUUUUUUUUUUAAAGUCAUUUUUUGUUGUUUGUUUUCUUCCUACAGAGACCAAAACUCAUUCCUGUAAAGAGAAAUUACGGGGCUACUGAAGGGAGAAAUAGGAUACAGUAUUAAGGAUAUACCAUCUCCAAGGGAAAAAAAAAAAAAAAAAAACCAUAGUGUAUGGCAUAUGAAACUUAGCGGGUGUCCAGUCCAGGAGACAGUUAUGGUAAAAUGAAGGUAAAAUUCAGAGAGAACAGAAAAGCUUCCACAAUUGAACUAGACUGUGUAAUAGUAUUUCUAGAAGACAUUUCUUUUCAAAGAAAGAUUAUAUGCCACUUUUGUUUAAGGACUGUGCUAUGAUCACUGCGUUCAUUUUAGUUUCUCUUGUCAUAUAUAUCCUCCAGGUUUUUGUUUUAUUUUUUUAAAAGGUUUUCUUUUUUUCCUUCCUUUCUUUCAGAUUAGGCUUGCCUCAGCAUUUUUCAUUAAAAAGAAAAAAAAAAAAAGUAACAUUCCUGUCCACUCACAAGCUUGGUAGAAAAACUUCUUUGGCAGUUACUUUUGAAGCUUCACACUGCUUUCUCUAUAAAGGGCAGUCUGUGGUCACUCUAGACUUACAUUUUUUUUUCCCCAACUUUUCCAGGCAGCGUCAUGAUGUUCAGGCAGUAGCCAGACAGGGUCAUGGGAAGGGGGCCCUGUGCUUCUAAACUGAGUGGUUGCUGGUUAGUUUGGUAUUCAAAAGAGGAUAAAAAUCUGGUAGAUUAGUUCAUUCUCAGCAUGUGUAGCUAGACAUGAGUAAAGUUAACAGCAUGAGAAACUGUUAGUACGCAUACCUCAGUUCAAACCUUUAGGGAAUGAUUAAAAUUUAAAAAAAAAAAUACAUUUCACUCAGUUGCACUUAGUCGUAUGUCUUGCAUGCUUAGUCUAAAGACUGUAGCAAAAAGAAAAAAAAAAGAAAAAUUAGAUUUUACGUAUCUUUGCAGGUAUCACAGCCUUGCAGAAGAACCAACUGAAAAAAAAAAAAAAAAGAAUCUCAGGCUUUACAGCAAGCAAACUUCACUCUGAUGUUUCCAAUUCUGAUUCUGUAUCCCUUGGGGGUAAUCCCAGUUGCUUCUUUAGGAUGGGGUUUAUUAUGUUGUACAUAUAUCCCGAUGUGUCUGUGUGACUCUUUGUCUUUUUUGGGGGAGGGCGGAGGGUGGUUCUUUUUUUAGAUAUUGUUCCUAAAAAGGAAUAAAUGCAUACACCUGUUUGUCAAAACACCUUUGCUUUUUGUGCAACUGCUUUAUAUUAACAAUACUUUAAAAAAAAAAAGCUUUGGAAAAAAACUACUGUAUGUAAUGGAAUUGCAGAAUAUGCUGCACAUGUAUUUUAUUUAGUUAUUCUUGCUUUAAGAAUAUCGGAUGACAUUUCCUGACAUGUGGGAGGGAGAAACUCCCAAACUUUUUUUUUUUUUUUUUUUGGCUUUUAAAUUGUAACAUAGUUGACAGAUUUUUUUUUUCCCCCUGUUCUCAUUGAUCAGAGCAUCUUGUACAGGUUUUUUUGGUGUGUGCGCGAGCGGGUGUGUGUUAAUCUGUUUUUUGAUACAUUCCUAUCCUUUGUGUUUAUCCUACCAUUGCCCUUCUGGCUAUCGUAAAUGAGUUCAUACAUUUGAAAAGAGAAAAAAAAAAUGUUGUUUUAAAAAGUGUUUUCUCCUGCUGCAGUAAAUACUUUGCAUGAUGAAAUUCCAGGGUCACACUUUCAAAGUUUAUCAGUGAAGUAGUGAUUAAUCAUGAGAGUGUCAAAGCUAUUGAACUUUUUGUAUAAAAAAAAAAAAAAGAAAACUUUACAAGGUGCCAAGAUGUACAGACAAUUUUGUUACUUUUUUUUUUUUUUCCAAAGAAAAGCGUACCUUAGGGAGAACAGUCCCUCGCAUCAGACAGAUGCACCGUCAGGAAUGAGGAUCCAUCCUAUUGUCCCUAGUCUGUCCUUGUGAGACAAGUUAGCGCUGCCUGCAGUGUACCAGCAGUGAAAGGAAAUACCAAGGCUUAUGAAUGGGAAGAGUGACCGCCAGCCCCGCCACCUUUGGACAGCUCCGACCUGAUUCCCAGCGUUCCAUCAGACCUGGUAAAGACACCUUGGAUUCUUCACCCGAAAUGCAAUGUCCGUCAUAAGCAAUUUUAUCAUGGGGGAAAAAAAGUUAAAAGAUUUCCUCUCCUUUCCACAUUCCAGCUUGAUCUCCGUUUCCAAGGGUACAAAGAAGAACAUGUUUGUCAGGAUUCUGAAUCUUUGGGGGACCUUUUGCUUAACGGUAGACCCUCUGGAUAUUCCGGAUGUUUCUGAGAGUCGGUUUGGCUUUUCUCUCCCGAGAAUGAGACUUAACAAUUCCAAAGGCAUCUAUGUGGGCCCCGUGUAGUUCUCACGAUGUGCGCUACCCAGAAGCCUGCGUGGAGAUGGUACAGCCCGGACUGUGAGCAUGGUGCUCCGUGGAGAUGUGCUGCCAGUAACAAGAAUUUUUUUUCUUUUUAUUCUGUUUUGAUAAGGCAUAAAAGGAACUCAUUCCUUGACAUCAACUGUAAUUCCAUCAUUCCGUGUCUGUGGAUACAGACAAUAAAAAAAAAAUGUUGUGUAGUCAGUACUAAUUACUGACAUGAUCGCAUUCUCAAAUGCAAUAAAAAUGCUGGUUGUUCACACUGGUA